CCACGAUAACACUCGAGACAUAUUCUCAACUCCAACCAAUCAAUCAAAAUGGCUGACAAUUUGGUUGACAAUAAGGCGGUGAAGUCCUCGCAGCUGCUAAGACCUAAGGUCUUGACACAGCGUCCUUACGUCUUCCCUUUCCUCGUUUUAUAUCCUUGGUUCUUCCAUAUCUAUUUCAACAAUUAUGAUGAGUACAUUAAAGGGUCCGAAUGGACUUUUGUCUACUUGGGUGCUAUCAUCUCUUUGCAAAUGCUGUUACUCUUGAUGCCAAACUGGAACAUCAAUAUCGAUGCAUUGUUCAAUUACUCAAAAGUUAAAAGUUUGGAUGAAGCUUCUCAUAUUUUGAUCGUUGCGGCACCAAACAAUGGUCUUGGUGCAAUCGCUGAAAUCAGCCGUGAUAAGUAUCCAGAUGAAAUCCAAACUUCCUUUGUGUUCCAAAAAAGACGCUUCAUCUAUCAUCAUGAAGAUGCUUCUUUCACUCCUCCAAGAUUUGUUGUUGAUCAAGAACCAAAAUUAUCCGAAUUUCAACAAUCAAAAGGUAUCUCUGGUGACAUUUCUAAAUUGGAACGUUUAUACGGUAAAAACACUUUUGAUAUUCCUAUUCCAACUUUCUGGGAAUUGUUCAAAGAACAUGCCACUGCUCCAUUCUUUGUUUUCCAAGUUUUCUGUGUCGGUCUUUGGUUAUUAGAUGAAUUUUGGUAUUACUCUUUAUUCACUUUGUUCAUGUUGGUCAGUUUUGAAUGUACUACAGUUUUCCAACGUCGUACUACAAUGGGUGAAUUUAGAACAAUGGGUGUUAAACCUUUCAACAUUUAUGUCUACAGAGACAAUAAAUGGACUGAAAUCUCAACUGUUGAUUUAUUACCAGGUGACUUGGUUUCAAUUACAAGAACUGGUGAUGAUUCUGCUAUUCCAUGUGAUUUGAUUUUGACUGAUGGUUCAGCUAUUGUUAAUGAAGCUAUGCUUUCUGGUGAAUCUACUCCUUUAUUGAAAGAAUCUAUCAAAUUACGUCCUGCUCAUGAAAAUUUGCAAUUGGAUGGAUUAGAUAAGAAUUCUGUCUUACAUGGUGGUACUAAAGCCUUGCAAGUUACUGCUCCAACCGAUCCAAUUGUUCAAUUAGCUCCAGAUAAUGGUGCUUUAGCUAUUGUUUGCAAAACUGGUUUUGAGACUUCUCAAGGUUCAUUGGUCCGUGUCAUGAUCUUUUCUGCUGAAAGAAUCUCUGUCGGUAACUACGAAUCUUUGUUCUUUAUCUUAUUCUUGUUGAUCUUUGCCGUUGCCGCUUCGUGGUAUGUCUGGGUUGAAGGUACAAAGAUGGGUCGUAUUCAAAACAAAUUGAUCUUGGAUUGUAUUUUGAUUGUUACAUCAGUUGUUCCUCCUGAAUUACCAAUGGAAUUAACUAUGGCUGUGAACACCUCUUUGGCAUCUUUGAGUAAAUUUUACAUUUACUGUACUGAACCAUUCCGUAUCCCAUUAGCGGGUAGAAUUGAUGUUUGUUGUUUUGAUAAAACUGGUACUCUUACUGGUGAAGAUUUAGUCUUUGAAGGUUUAGCUGGUUUUGGUGAUUCUAUUCGUCAUUUAUCAAAACCAAGUGAAGUUCCAGAUAUCACAAACCAUGUUUUAGGUUCUGCUCAUGCUUUAGUCAAAUUGGAUGAUGGUGAAAUUGUUGGUGAUCCAAUGGAAAAAGCCACUUUGGAAGCUGUUGGUUGGAAAAUUGGUGAAAAGGAUAUUGUUUUCAGAGAAACUUCCAAAUCAAAGACUGAAAAAAUUAAAAUUCUACGUCGUUUCCAAUUCUCUUCUGCUUUGAAACGUUCUUCCUCAAUCUCUACUGUCGGUCAAAAAACUCUUGUCUCCACUAAAGGUGCUCCAGAAACCAUUCGUGAAAGAUUAACCAAAGUCCCAGAAAACUAUGAAGAAAUUUACAAAUCAUUUACUCGUUCAGGUUCCCGUGUUUUGGCUUUAGCUUACAAAUACAUGGAGGAUAACAUUUCUCCAGCUAAAGUUACAAAACUAGAUCGUGAUGCUGUUGAAACUGGUUUAAUUUUUGGUGGGUUUAUUGUUUUCCAUUGUCCUUUGAAAGAAGAUGCCAUUGAAACUAUUGAAAUGUUGAAUGAAUCAAGUCAUCGUUCAAUCAUGAUUACUGGUGAUAACCCUCUUACUGCUGUUCAUGUUGCUAAGGAAGUUAAAAUUGUUGAAAGAGAAGUUUUGAUCUUGGAUGCUCCAGAAGAACACCAUGGUGAUCAUGAAUUAGUUUGGAGAAGUGUUGAUGAAUCUAAAAUCAUUCCAUUCUCAAGUUCUGAUAAAAUUGACGAAUCUACUUUCAAGACUCAUGAUAUUGCUAUUACCGGUUAUGCUCUAGCUAAAUUGUUGAACCAUCCUCAAUUACACUCUUUGAUUAGACAUACUUGGGUUUAUUCACGUGUUUCACCAUCUCAAAAGGAAUUUAUUUUAACCACUUUAAAACAUUUGGGUUACAAUACUUUAAUGUGUGGUGAUGGUACAAAUGAUGUUGGUGCUUUGAAACAAGCUCACGUUGGUGUUGCUUUGUUGAACGGUACUGAAGAAGGUAUGAAGAAAAUGGCCGAAGCUAGAAAAAUUGACUCUUUACAAAAAGUUUAUACCAAGCAAUGUGAUAUCAUGGAAAGAUGGGGUAAACCACAUCCACCAGUCCCAUUACCAAUUGCUCAUUUGUAUCCACCAGGUCCAGGUAAUCCAAACUAUUUGAAAGCUAUUGAAAAACAAGGUAUCACUGUUACUGAUGAAAUGAGAGAAUUGGCUCAAAAAAGUGCUGUUGUUAGUACCACUGUUGCUCAAGGUAAAGCUCCAAAUCAAGCCCAAUCUGAGUUGGCUGAUAAAUUAUUAGGCUCAUUGAAUCAAUUGGAAGAAGACAGUGAAGCUCCUACCUUAAAAUUAGGUGAUGCUUCAGUUGCUGCCCCAUUCACUUCUAAAUUAGCCAAUGUCUCAACUGUUACCAACAUCAUUCGUCAAGGUCGUUGUGCACUUGUGUCCACAAUUCAAAUGUAUAAAAUUUUAGCAUUGAAUUGUUUGAUUAGUGCUUAUUCUUUAUCUGUUAUUUAUCUUGCCGGUGUUAAAUUUGGUGAUGGUCAAGCUACUGUUUCCGGUUUAUUGAUUUCUGUUUGUUUCUUGAGUAUUUCUAGAGGUAGACCAGUUGAAAAAUUAUCAAAGGAAAGACCACAACCAGGUAUUUUCAAUAUUUACAUCAUGGGUUCUAUCUUAGGUCAAUUUGCUGUUCAUAUUGCCACCUUAGUUUACAUUACUGCUGAAAUUUAUAAAUUAGAGCCAAGGGAACCAAAACCUGAUCUUGAAAAAGAAUUUGCCCCAUCAUUAUUGAACACUGGUAUUUUCUUGAUUCAAUUGGCUCAACAAGUUUCAACUUUUGCAGUCAAUUACCAAGGUUUACCAUUCAGAGAAAGUAUCAAGGAUAACAAGGGUAUGUAUUAUGGUCUAUUAGGUGUUGCUGGUUUAGCUUUAGCCGGUUCCACAGAAUUCAUUCCAGAAUUGAAUGAAGCUAUGAAAUUUGUUCCAAUGGAAGCUGAAUUCAAGACAAAAUUGACAACCACAAUUGUUUUGGACUUGGUUGUUGCAUGGGUUAUUGAAGUCGUUUUGAAAUACUUUUUCAUGGAUUCAAAAGCAGCCGAUAUUGCUCAACGUGAUUGAACGAUUAUAAAGUGAUUAGAGAAUGUUUUACGGUCAUUACAUAAAGAGAACGCGUCUCUUUUGAAAAAGUAACAGGUUUUGUUACAAUACAAUUAAUGUACAUUAUUGAUAAAAUAGUUUUCAUUGUAGUCUAGCAAGCAACUCUCCUCUAUCUAGUUCAUUCCAUUUCAAAAUGGUUGUAUCUUUUGUUUCCGCUGAUUUGAAAAUAUCUGGAAACUUUUGAGUUAGGUGGACAGCAAUAUCUUUUGCUUCCUGUUCGCUAACAGGACUUUUGGUAAAACUAUUUUGAAAUAAUUCACUCAACUUUUCCAAUGUAUAUGAGGUAUCUGGUCUCAGGGUAAACAAAAUCUCCAAUGCUGCUUUCAAUUUCCCAUCCAAAAAGUUUUCAUAUUUUUCUUCAGG